AUGAAUUUUCCUAUUCCAAAUGAUCUUACUUUCCAGAAAUACUAUAUUGAAAAAUAUGGAUCAAUCGAAAAAUUAAUCGAUAAGGCAAAGAAUGGCGAAAUCCACGCCCAAGCAGAUUUGGGAUGGGCUUACUCGGAGGGUUUUGGCGAUCUCUUGCCGCAAGAUAACGACAAAGCAAUCGGAUGGCUUAGCACUGCUAUAGAUAAGGGUUAUGAAUUGCCUCAUACCCUAGGAAAACUUGGGGAGUUACUAGAUCGGAAAGGAACGAUACGACAUCAGCAGAAGGCUUAUGAGAUGUACCACAGGGCAGCGAAACUGGGGUGCACAAAUUCACAAUUCAAUCUUGCAGAAAUGUACCGAUGUGGAGUUGAGGGGGUCGUGAACGAGGACAUAAAGGAGGCUUUUAAAUGGUAUAAAAUGGCCGCUGAUGAAGGUGCGAGUGAUUAUAAAUUGGGAACAGUGCAAAGAUUGCUGGCUGGAACGAUGAGAAAACUGGGAGACGACUCAAAGCUAAGGUCUCUGAAAUGUCUGUGUAAGUAUUAUCUUGAGGGUGAAUGUCCGGAAGGCCGUCCACAGCCAACUAAAGCAAUUUAUUAUUUGACAAGAGCAGCUGAAAUAGGCGAUACUGAGGCUCAAUGUACCUUGGGGCAGAUAUACUUAAAUGGAAGUUGUGAGCAAAUCAAAGACGUUUCAAAAGCAAGAAGGUGGCUCGAGAAAGCGUCCGCAAAUGGUGAUGCCGUGGCAAAACAGGUCGGUCUAAUAUGGAUCUUAUCAAUGUGUUAAAAAUCUUUUACACGUGUUAUUUGAAUUUGAAAAUUGCAUGUGUAUUGGUUUUGUUAGCAGUAACAAGUGAUUUUUAUUGGCCUCAUGGGCCUUCUUGGCUCAUGGUUACCUUAAUUUCAUAGGGGCCCACAAAACUACCUUUCUGCUUUAAUAACCACACAAAUCGUGUAAAUAAGUUGACAAAUUGGCAACUUGAAUUUUAGAUCACACCUCAACAGGGCUCAAAAAUAUUUUGACCUGGUCGUGAGACAAGUAGAUUUUCCUACUGAGGAAGUAACUGUAUGUACAUGCCUACUUUCCCAAGAGGCAAGGGCCCAUGCCAGUCACAUUCUAGCAAAUUCAUAAGGCCAUCCUCUUUUUUUUCUCCGUUUAGCAUCGUGUGACCAACCCAAAUUUUUGUCAUUUUCAAAAAAAAAAAGGUAAUGACGUAGUAAGUUAAACCAUUUUUCACUAGGAAUAAUUCUUUUAAUCCAUCUGAAAAAUGAUCAUAGUAACACCAUAGAGAAAAACAGGAAAAUUUUUUACAGCAAAUUGUACAUUUUGUUAAUCCAGUAAUGUGAAAGUUAACUUUUAAUGUCGUCCCAGGGUACCAGGUCCUCCUAUUCCGAGACUUCUUGUGAUUUUUUUUUAGGUUUUUUUUCAAUCCAACCGACCGACCCAAUAUCAGGAAAUGCAUUCGACGCUAAAGGAAAAAAAAAGGGGAUGGCCUAAAAUGAGACAAUGGUACAAUGGUUGCAGGUAGUAAAAUUCAGAGCUGCUUGUUUUCAGGACCACCUGGAAUUCAUUUGUCUACUUGUUACAUAGCAGCUUGGUAGUGUUCUGAAAUGCUUGGAAUCAUUACGCUUAUACGAACAGAAACCAUCCCAGUACUUUACUCAGGGGCACCCAACAACUGUUUUCUGUAAAAUAUCUGUUCGGAGAAGCAAACAUUGUCUAGAAUAUCGCUUGAAUAAUGCAAAAAAAUUUCUAGAUGAGCGUUCCAUUCAGGUACAGAAAAAAAAAAUUCCUACGAUUUUCUGAAGUUUAAUUUUUCAUAUUUCUUCUGAAGUUUAAUUUUUCAUAUUUUAUGUUAGGCUAAUUUUGGAAAGAAAAAGGAAACCUAAACCUAGGGAAAUCUGUCAUUUGGGUCUGUGAAAGGGCCCAAAAGAGCUAACAGAUGAAUUUUAUGGCUUUAUAAAGUCAAUAAAAUGUUUCAUUUUGAUGAUUGAGUCCUAUUUGUGUUCGGUCAGUCACGUGCUAAGGUUUCUGCUGGUUUCUCCAGUGUAAGAAGCCUGGCAGUGGCAGCAUUGGACCUUAUAUACUGCUCCCUGUCUGUCCUCCAGUUUGUCUUUGUCCUUGACAUUAGUAAGCAGUCUUCGUAAAGUGGUUAUCGGUUUGUGUGCAAUAUGUGUAUUGUAAGGUUGUAACUAUACAUGCAAUAGUUUCAGACGUGUCUGUGAUGUACGGUAUAGUCACUUUCUUAACAGGGCCAGAGUUGACAUAGGUCUGGGUGUUGGAAUCAGUGUUACUGUGAGUGUUCCGUCUAACAAAGUCCGUGUUAUAAUUGUUCUUACUAAAAACGUUGUUAAGAUAAUCAGUCUCGUCUUGUAGGCUGUCAGGUGAGUUGCAAACUAGUUGCGCUCGUCUUGUCAAAGUCCGGAUAGUCGUAGCCUUGUGAGAGGUCGGGUUGUACAAAGACUGGUCUAGUAAUCGGUCGGUAUGUGUCGGUUUUCUGUGAAUAGUCAUUUGUAGUUUGUUGUUGUAGUGAGUGACCAAGCAGUCUAGAAAAGGUAUCUCACCAUUUUCUUCGAUCUCCUUGGUGAACUGUAUGUCCGCGUUCUGUCUGUUAAGGUGUUCGUGAAAAUCGUCGAUUCUGUCUUUGUGUACGGCUGUGAAUGUGUCCUCAACGUAACAUAACCAAAGAGGUAUAGUUCGCGUGUAGGUAGCUAGGGCUUGUUCCUCCCUUUCAACAGAAACUGGAGAGCCCAUAGCUGUACCUUGUAACUUGUGGUAGUGUUUGCCGUUGUACUGAAAGUACGUCGAAGUCAAACAGAGGUUGAGUAGGUCCAUAAUGUCGUCUGUGGGUAGUGGUUUUCAACAGUAGAGUUCUUAAUAGUGUUAACAACAUUAACCUUAAUAGCGUUCUUAACAACUUAUACUAUCCAUAUUUUUUUUUUCUUAAAAAAUGUUUUUUGAAUAGCCAUUGAAAGUAAAUAACACCAAUGAAAAAGGGGUCACCUUUCUUGUUUAUUGCAACAAUUAGAGGAUAAAGGGGCAAUUUUGGCGUGAAAUGAUGAUUUUGCAAGUGACUGGGGGAAAAAUUGCCAUCACCUUUGAUAAUGCAACAUUAUGCACAGUUCCUGCAAAACGAGGAAAUUACCUUCAUGUGCACUUAAUUUUUUUCAGCUUCUUAGGAAAUGUGAAGAAGUGGAAGAUAAACCACAUACUCCAUCAGAAUCAAAACCAGAGGCCUUCAAUCAGUCACUUGAAAUCAUGGCAGAAAAACUUAAGCAAAGAUCAGAGGCAAAACAACACCCAUUCGCGAUCACUGAGCCUACUGCAUUUUCAGAGGAAAUGCUUAGUGAGUUUCAUUGGUCCCCAACAGCACAGAUUUAUCUUCAGGCUUUCAGACUGGUAAACCAGGGGUUUGAAAUUCUGGUCAAGAGUAACUUUGCUGAUGAAAGAGGGAUUUCUCUUAUAGCUCUUGGGUAUUUGACUGAAAAUUCUAUACUACAAGCUUUUCCUUAUAUACAUCUUUCGUUGCCUGACGUUUUUCACCUUUGUGAGAAAAGCAUGCAUAAUAACCGGAGUUUCUUUGAAGCCCUUGUGGUAGCUUUUGCCUUCCAUUUUUACGAAUUGAAACUUUCAAAAGAGACACAUAUCACUGAUGAAAAAAAGGUGAUGUGCAUAACAAAUGUGAUAGAUUUCAUUCAAAAAGCUGAACCUAACAGCCUUCCAGCUGAAGAUGCUUUUAGAUUUGACCAAAGCUACAGUAGCUGGCUUCAUGUCCUAUAUGACCACUUGGCAUCACUUUAUAUUAUUUACAAUAACUAUGAAGCAGCAGCUGAAGCUUUUGAAAAUUCCCUGAAGUGCUGUCCAACCUAUUUUCCAAGCAAAAGAGGCCUUGGGUACUGUUUAUUGGCUCUGUAUUCCACUAGAGUUUGCUCUGAAAAGAAAGACUCAGCUGCAGCCUCAGAAAAGUGCAAGCACUUUCAGAGUGAGGAGCAAAUCGCAGAGGAGCGAGAAAUUUCUAAAUACCAAUCCUGGACCACUGAAGAGUUGGGAGAUGCGGCCAGGAAAAGAUUGGAAGAGUUUCUGGCAGAAGCACCCUCUUGUUGGAAAACAUACCCAAAUGUUUGUUAUUACCUUGCCAAGCUUGCUCUUUUGAAGUCUGACAUGAAGGAGUUAAAAAGGUAUUAUGAACAAGGCCAAGAUGCUGAAGAAAAAAGGCUGCCUUUCCUGAGACGUGUUGAUAUACCUCUCAAGGAUAUACUGUCUCCAAUCUACCAGCUUUUUGCUGAUUUACCGGAACGGGCCAGGUGUGGCAACAAAGCUUGCACCAAAAAGGUCAAGGAAAGUGAGCUGAAGUCGUGUGCUGGGUGCAGAACCAAAAAAUACUGCAGCAAGUGA